AUGGACCGUAUAUAUAAACGGUUAGUUAUUUUUGUUAUUAUUCUCAAUACAUCAUUACAAGAUAACUUAUAAUGUUGAAGUACGCGAUAACUUUGUUAUUUUUAUUUUAUUUCGUCUGGAGUGAGGUAUCCGCUUCAAAUGAAUAUAAAGAUAAAAUUACCAACUGUGAAAAACAAGAGGGUCUUAAAUUUGAGGAUCUUUUGGACAAUUUAAAAAAAUAUCUUGAACUAUCAGCAGAAGUUUACGGGGAACUUCCAAUGAAAGCGUUUAAUCUAUGCCUUUACAAAUCUGUAGGCCUGAUAACCAAAUACGAUGAAUACGACCCAAGAGAAGCUUCAAAAUUAAUACAACUGUUUUUCCCUGAAAACACUACAAAUACUCUUAGCCUGCAAGAGAAGACAAGAAUAACUGACAAGAUUACGCAGAACUGUUUACAAUAUUUAUUUGGACAUUGUCCAAUGCCGGGUGCUUAUGAAAUGAGUUUAUGUAUUCUUAGAGAAUAUAAGAACUUCUCUAAAGUAGAUCGUGUAUUGUAAUACUUUAAUAUUAUUAAACAAUAAAAUUUUAACAAAUUUAAA